GCCCGGGACAGCCCCCUUUCCCCGCCCCCGGCCCCCGCCCCGGCCCGGCCGGCCAUGGAUCUGACCAGCAGCUCGGGCGGCGGCGGCGACCCCCGGCAGAUCGAGGAGACCAAGCCGCUGCUGGGGGGCGACGUGCCGGCCCCCGAGGGCACGAAGAUGGGCGCCGUGCCCUGCCGCCGGGCCCUUCUGCUGUGCAACGGGAUGAGGUACAAACUGCUGCAGGAGGGCGACAUCCAGGUCUGUGUCAUCCGGCACCCGCGGACCUUUCUCAGCAAGAUCCUCACCUCGAAAUUCCUGAGGCGCUGGGAGCCGCACCACCUAACGCUGGCCGACAACAGCCUGGCGUCCGCCACGCCAACUGGGUACAUGGAAAACUCAGUCUCCUACAGCGCUAUUGAGGACGUUCAGCUGCUGUCCUGGGAGAACGCCCCGAAGUACUGUUUACAGCUCACGGUUCCUGGGGGAACGGUCUUACUGCAGGCUGCCAACAGCUACCUUCGAGACCAGUGGUUCCAUUCCCUGCAGUGGAAGAAAAAGAUUUACAAAUACAAGAAAGUCCUGAGUAACCCAAGCCGUUGGGAAGUUGUAUUGAAGGAGAUCCGAACUCUGGUGGACAUGGCCCUCACGUCCCCCCUACAGGAUGACUCCAUCAACCAAGCCCCGCUGGAAAUCGUCUCGAAACUGCUCUCAGAGAACACAAACUUGACUACCCAGGAGCAUGAGAACAUCAUUGUGGCGAUUGCUCCUUUGUUGGAAAACAACCAUCCACCACCAGAUCUCUGUGAAUUCUUCUGCAAGCACUGCAGAGAGCGGCCUCGGUCCAUGGUGGUCAUCGAAGUGUUCACUCCCGUGGUCCAGAGAAUCCUCAAACAUAACAUGGACUUUGGGAAGUGCCCACGACUGAGGCUGUUUACUCAGGAGUACAUCCUCGCCUUGAACGAGCUCAACGCGGGGAUGGAAGUGGUGAAGAAGUUCAUUCAGAGCAUGCACGGCCCCACGGGGCACUGCCCCCACCCCCGGGUCCUGCCCAACCUGGUGGCUGUGUGCCUGGCUGCCAUCUACUCCUGCUACGAAGAGUUCAUCAACAGCCGCGACAACUCCCCCAGCCUGAAGGAGAUCCGGAACGGCUGCCAGCAGCCCUGCGACCGGAAGCCCACCUUACCUCUGCGCCUUCUGCACCCCAGCCCGGACCUGGUGUCUCAGGAAGCCACGCUGUCUGAGGCGCGGCUCAAGUCAGUGGUCGUGGCCUCCAGCGAGAUCCACGUGGAGGUGGAGCACACCAGCACUGCCAAGCCGGCGCUGACGGCCAGCGCGGGCAACGACAGCGAGCCCAACCUCAUCGACUGCCUCAUGGUCAGCCCCGCCUGCAGCACCAUGAGCAUCGAGCUGGGCCCCCAGGCCGACCGCACCCUCGGCUGCUACGUGGAAAUCCUCAAGCUGCUGUCCGACUAUGAUGACUGGAGACCGUCCCUGGCCAGCUUGCUUCAACCCAUUCCAUUCCCCAAAGAGGCUCUCGCACAUGAGAAGUUCACCAAGGAACUCAAGUACGUGAUCCAGAGGUUUGCAGAAGACCCACGACAAGAGGUACACUCGUGCCUGCUGAGUGUGCGGGCCGGCAAAGACGGCUGGUUCCAGCUCUACAGCCCCGGAGGGGUGGCCUGCGACGAUGAUGGGGAGCUCUUCGCCAGCAUGGUGCACAUCCUCAUGGGCUCCUGUUACAAGACCAAAAAAUUCCUGCUCUCCCUGGCGGAAAACAAGCUGGGCCCCUGCAUGCUCCUGGCGCUGAGGGGGAACCAGACCAUGGUGGAGAUCCUGUGCCUGAUGCUGGAGUACAACAUCAUUGACAACAACGACACCCAGCUGCAAAUCAUCUCGACCCUGGAGAGCACGGGUGUGGGCAAGCGCAUGUACGAGCAGCUAUGUGACCGGCAGCGGGAGCUCAAGGAGCUGCAAAGGAAAGGCGGGCCCACUAGGCUAACACUGCCCUCCAAGUCCACAGACGCCGACUUGGCUCGUUUGCUGAGCUCCGGCUCUUUCGGGAACCUGGAGAACCUCAGUCUGGCCUUCACCAACGUAACUAGUGCCUGCGCGGAGCACCUCAUCAAACUGCCUUCUCUCAAGCAGCUCAACCUGUGGUCCACUCAGUUUGGAGACGCCGGCCUGCGGCUCCUGUCGGAACACCUCACCAUGCUCCAGGUGCUGAACCUGUGUGAGACACCCGUCACCGACGCCGGCCUGCUGGCCCUCAGCUCCAUGAAGAGUCUCUGCAGCUUGAAUAUGAACAGCACCAAGCUCUCGGCGGAUACCUACGAAGAUCUAAAGGCCAAGCUUCCCAAUCUGAAGGAGGUGGACGUCCGCUACACGGAAGCCUGGUGAACUCCCGCCUCGGCCGGACGGCGUUUGCAGCUGCGACACACAACUCUUGACUAAUAGCCGUAGAGCACCGGUCCUGGGGUCCUACCCCCAGCGUCCUGGCUGUGAGAUAGAUGGGGAGUCUUUCUGGGGGCGGAGGGCGGAGGGGGGAGGGGGU